CGCGCGCUGCCGGCGCCUGCAGGAACUGCGGCUCCCGGGUCGGAGCGGGCUGGGGGCUGUGUCCACUGAAUGACCAGGAAGGGUUGAUUUCUAGGCAACAUGUCCUCCGCUUCUGUCAAAGAGUGCCUGCAGCUCCAGCUGCUGGAGAUGGAAAUGCUAUUGUCUAUGUUUCCCAACCAAGGGGAAGUGAAACUGGAAGAUGUAAAUGCCCUGACGACCAUAAAAAGGUAUUUGGAAGGCACAAGGGAGGCGCUGCCACCAAAAAUUGAAUUUGUGAUUACACUCCAGAUUGAGGAGCCCAAGGUGAAAAUUGAUUUGCAAGUAACCAUGCCUCACAGCUAUCCCUAUGUAGCAUUGCAGCUGUUUGGACGGUCAUCUGAGCUUGACAGACAACAGCAGCUACUUCUCAACAGAGGUCUCACUUCUUACAUAGGGACUUUUGAUCCAGGUGAGCUCUGUGUAUGUGCAGCAAUCCAGUGGUUACAGGACAACAGUGCCUCCUAUUUCCUGAACAGAAAGCUUGUUUAUGAACCAUCUAUACAAGCAAAGCCGGUCAAGAACGUAUUUCUCCGAAUGUGGAUCUACAGCCACCACAUAUAUCAGCAGGACCUAAGGAAGAAGAUUUUGGAUGCUGGGAAAAGGUUAGAUGUGACUGGAUUUUGUAUGACAGGAAAGCCUGGUAUAAUCUGUGUGGAAGGCUUCAAAGAGCAAUGUGAGGAAUUCUGGCACACGAUCAGGUAUCCCAAUUGGAAACACAUUUCCUGUAAGCAUGCUGAAAGUAUCGAAACCGAAGGAAAUGGGGAGGAUCUGAGACUCUUCCAUUCUUUUGAAGAAUUACUCCUUGAGGCCCAUGGUGACUACGGAUUAAGGAAUGACUAUCACAUGAAUCUGGGCCAGUUCUUAGAAUUCCUAAAAAAACACAAAAGUGAGCAUGUUUUCCAGAUAUUAUUUGGCAUUGAAAGCAAAAAUUCAGAUUCCUAGGAAGCUAUUAAUAUUAAAACGCCUAUGCUUGUAACCUCACCAAGUCAGUAUCUCUGUUAAUAAAACCAAAAUAAACAGG